GAGGUCAAGUGGGGCAACAGCUACGACAGUGGCAAGCCGAAGGGCCCAGGAUGCUGGUCGUGCAUCGUGGCGGCCUUGAGGCUCUGGCCACACCUGGAGUUCGAGGAGGUGUGUGACCUGUGUGCGAAGGAUGCCAAGAGCGCCGACGAGAUCGCCCGUGCAAAGGACCUCCUGGCUAAGCAAGAGGAGAACCCCUUCCAGCCGAUGUCGACGGUAGAGUCCAACCGCGUGCAGGGGCACGAAGUUUACUUCAAAGUGGCAUUCUUAUCGGAGUCAGAAAUGAUCAAGUUUCUGCAGGUCACCCCGAAGGCACUUAAAUUGACUGAAGUGACCCUCGAGCUUCAGCAAGAAGGAUGCACAAUGCGUGGAUAUUGUGUAUCUUUGCUGGACUUGCCAGGCGACGUCAAAGCUGUUUGCCACAAGGUCAAGAUCUUCAGCAGUACAACGAUCAAGUUGGCAGAUACGUUUCUGUCACCGGCUGACCAGCUCAGUCAACACCAAGGAGAGCGAACCUUCACCCACCUUGCGAAAGUGCAGGCCUCUCGCAAUCCUCCAGCUUUCCGGCCGUUGCAGAAAUCCAGCAUCCCAAGCUACUGGGAUCUUAAGGACAAGGCGGUGAAGCUCCUCGAGAAAGCCCGAGAGCAACAGCCACCAUCGGAUGACAGCGACGUGGAGGUCUAUGAGCCGGAUGAAGACGAGCCGGUGGCCGCAGCCAGCAAGCCGGAACUGCGGUUGGGGGCAGCUCUAGCCAAGGACGCAAUCUCGACCAGGAAGAGUGGGAAGUCCAAGCCCGGUGCAGCGGCGAAGAUCAAGAAGGAGGCACCGAUCCCUGAUGCAAGUCCGGAGAGGAGCCGAUCUCCUGCCAGCAAAAAGGAGAGCUCGUCCGGGCCGGUGAACGACCUCGAGGACUUGGAUGAGGAGAUGGCCAAGGUCAACGCCCGUGCGGGAGGAGGCAAGACGUGCCUCCGAUCUCUUGUGAUCACUCGACAUCUCGCGGGAGAGAAAUUGGGAGUACGCCUCGCCGCAGUGGGGAGCUCAGUGUCGGAGUAG